UUAAGAGAGAAACAAUUACGAGAUCAACUAAAUAAACUGUAAAAUCCAACCAUAAGCACAAGCAAAGACAGGGGGAAAGAGAUCCAUGAUGGGUAGUGGAACAAGAAGAUCUUAAAGUCAAGCCACGUGUCAGAACCCCAUGUGACACACUCUCCGUCUCAGGUUUACCGGGAAACCUGGAAUUUCCAGUGGCUUAACUUUAACUACUUUUCUUUCUCCCCCUUCCCUCCCCCUACUACUAUGCUUUGCCUUUACCCUCUUCUUUCUUUCUUCUUCUUCUUCUCCUCCUCCUUUGAAUUUCUAAAUUCUUUCAGAUUUCUGGGUUAUCGUGAACCCACCGUUUAAAUCUUGGAUCAAGUUAUUUAUUUUACAGUUUCUGACAGCUAUUUAUUUGUGGGGUUGUCUAAAUAUGCCUUCUUUUUAAGUUGUUUUCAAGGAUCCAGCUAAGUGCAUUUGUUAUAACGAAAAAGGCUGGCUUUUUUGGUUUUAAUUAUAUUGAAAAUGGAGUAGGAGGAGUUAGUUUUUAUUCAUGUCUGUGACUUGUGGAGGGGGAAUGGCUGUUUCACCACAACACAUAGCCAGAUUGGAUGCCAAAUUGUGUAAUGGGAAUGUGUCAGCAAAUUCAAUUGAGGAAAAUGAUGAGAUUUUGGACACUUCCAAUCAAAUCUCUGCUGGGAAACCCCCCAGGAGUCUCUCUACUGUCAGGCAUUGCAGUAGCUCUGCUUUUUUGUCUGAACCGGAACUAGAAAAAGGAAUUACAGGCUUAAAGCUACUGCCAGCUGAUAAUUCUGUGUUUUCACCUGUAUUUCGUUCAGGAAGCUAUUCUGAGAAAGGACCAAAACAGUACAUGGAAGAUGAGUUCAUCUGUGUUGACAAUCUUCGUGAACAUCUUCCUUCAUCUUCAAAUUUCCCUUCUCCCGCAGCAUUUUAUGGGGUGUUUGAUGGACAUGGUGGCAUCGAUGCAGCAACUUUCACCAGAAGUAACAUCCUCAAGUUUAUAGUCGAAGACUCCCACUUCCCAGCCGGCAUAAAAAAGGCUGUUAAGAAUGCUUUUGCCAAGGCUGAUCAUGCACUUGCAGAUGCCAAGUCUCUUGAUAGAUCCUCCGGCACCACUGCCUUGACUGCUUUUAUGUUGGACAGAAUGAUGCUGAUAGCCAAUGCUGGAGAUUCUCGAGCAGUAUUAGGCAAACGUGGAAGAGCAAUUGAAUUGUCGAAAGAUCAUAAACCCAAUGUAACCUCCGAAAGAAUAAGAAUCGAAAAAUUAGGAGGUGUUAUAUACGACGGGUAUUUGAAUGGCCAAUUAUCAGUAGCUCGCGCUCUUGGAGACUGGCACAUUAAGGGCUCAAAGGGUUCAAAUUGUCCUCUAAGUUCAGAGCCAGAGUUGGAGGAAAUAAUCCUGACAGAAGAAGAUGAGUUCCUGAUCUUGGGGUGUGAUGGACUUUGGGAUGUAAUGAGUAGCCAAUGUGCAGUGACAAUGGUGAGGAAAGCACUAAUGCAACAUAAUGAUCCUGAAAAGUGCUCAAAGGCACUUGUGAAAGAAGCACUUCAGCGCAACACAUGUGACAAUCUUACAGUUGUAGUAAUCUGUUUUUCUGCAAAUCCACCUCCUAAGAUUGAAAUUCCUAAAUAUCAUAGAAGAAGAAGUAUAUCAGCUGAAGGCCUGGAUCAUCUUAAGGGCGCCUUGAAUAGCUUAUGAGACUUCGACUUUGUUAUGUAAUUUUUUUUUUUUUUUUUUUUGGUGGUUGUUGUUGAUAUGACUUAAUGUGAGUCUUUUAACAGUUUUGGUAGUGUUUGUAUUUUUGAGUUAAUGGUGAUAUUCAAACAUGUUAUCUAAUGAGAAAUAAUUCUUCUUCUCUUAAUA